GGUAAUCAAUACAUCAGCGGCCCGGGUGUCUUCACCGGGACUACACCUGAGUAACUGUUUAGUAUCGUGAGUUUCUUUGCUUUGACAAGUUCGACAAGAUAAACAUACCUGGACAUUGCCCUUCUGAAAAAGAAAACUACUCCAGCACUGAUGGCAGAGACAGCACAGGAAAAUGGCCCUGUCAGGUACAGGAAUGGAUACCGCUUGGUUGACGUCUCCGACAGGGAAGCGAAACGACGUAAGGAGUGUUCAGGUGUGGUGGGAUGCAGUCUUCAGGAGCUGCCCCGGUGGAGGACGGCGAACGGCUGGUGUUCACCCUUCAUCCGCAACGGCUACAUGUACAACCUGUCAACGGCACAGUGCUUCACAACCCCUUUCCGUUGGACGAACGAGACGUUGAAUUUCUGGACGUCGUUUCUUGCGGCGGUGUAUUUCCUGUGUCACCUGGUAGGCGUCGUUCUUGCACGGGAACGCCAGGAUACGUACGACUUCUUGAUCCACGCCUGUGUCCUUGUGUCUACUUUACCGUGUUGCUUUAGUUCUUCUGCCUGGCACCUCUUCAUCAACCAUCACAGCGAGAGAGCGGCGCGGCUAGCGAACGUGGCGGAUAUCCUGGGGGUGUGGGUAGCGGGAGCAGGUAUCUCUGUUCCUGUGAUCGCCUACGGCUUGUACUGUUAUCAGGGUUACGGCAGGCUGUACCUGUCCGGCCUAGCCGCGCUCCUAUUGGUGCUCAUCUUCUGUACAGUGUCCGGUAUGAAGUCUCAUCCCUUCCGACUAUUCCAAGCCACGCUCAUGCACUUAACGCCGACCCUCGCCGUAUUCCACGUCUGGCUGGUUCUGGAUCCAGAGUUCACCAGUGAUCUUACCAGCGUUGUUUGGAACAAGUGGAUCUCCACCUACAUGGUGCUCUUUCCAUUCAUGUUGGCAACAUACACGGUCAAGUUUCCGGAGAGGUUUUGGCCAGGAAGAUUUGAUUACAUAGGGCAAAGUCACCAGUUGUGGCAUUGCCUGUACAUCUACGCAUUGUACUGCUGGCACGGUGCAUGCUGGGAGUUUGCCGAUGUGAGGAGGACACACCCCUGUCACGCUAGCCAAUCAUAGACUUCCAUCAAUGGCAUCUUUAGCUGUAAGAUUUGUAACACUUUGUAGUUUGUACCUUGAUGACAAUCACUAUUUCUCAUGGAUAAUGGUGGAAAAUAGAGGCUGGUGCAUUUGUGUACUAAGUCUCUAAUGCUGCUAUUUUGAACAACAGCCUUCCUCAGUUUAGCCUACCUGGCCGGAUGGCUCUAAGAAUCAGGCUUUUGGGGGGCUUGUAAUGUGCUUCUUUCCUCAUGGCAUAUCAGUUCUCUGUAUUUGGUUUCCUGCAGGCUGCAUCAGUCUAUGGAGUAAGGAGAACUGAUAUAUCAGAAAAAGGCACAUUAUGUAUACACAAUGUAUAAAGUGGACUGCUGCUUAGUAAGCACAUGUUUAUGU